AUGGUGGCAGGGGAGGGCCCUACGUGGCCCGCGCCCGGAGGUCCUGAGCCUGGGGGUUUUGCCGGCUCCCUCGAGGGCAGCAACGACCCUUGGAGGGGUGAGUGCGCGGGGGGCUCCGGAGCGGAGAAGGGUCCCGUCUGUGGUCGGCGUCAUCCUCCCAGCAGCGCCCCGGCCUUCCUGGUGCCCGGAUCGGCCCGCAGCUCCUCUGCCCCGGAGAACGGGGCCUUGCAAGGGGCACAUCUGUGGAUCAGCCCCAAGGAGGCCCCACGUGGCUCUCACACGCUGUCCCCGGACAUCUGUGGAUGGAGUCGGCAGGCCGGCAGGCUCCCAGAAGUGGUCCUGGGUGGAAAGGGUUGGGGUACAGGAGGCGCCACCGGGACCGGGGAUCCCAGGACACUUGGCACAAGGCGGGAAGCCAUCACACCCUGUCUGUGGGAAGCUGCAGGGGACAACACAUGGCGGCCUCAUCUGGCCUCGGUCCCCGGGGUGAGGCGGGCACAACUCUUCACUCAGGACCCGGCCUCCAGCGUGGCGGCUGAGGAGGCCAGGAGGUGUGACACUGGGCCACCGUGUCCCUGGGGCUGGCCAGCCUGCUUGGGGUUUCAGGCCCAGGAAUUCGGAGCCUGGGAGCCGAGAGCAACCAGUGACAGAGUGGCUGUGGGACCGGGGUCCUUCCUGGCCCGCCUCGGGAACCACGCCUGGCCAUCCUGGUGCGUCAGGGAGCUGUACACCGGGGGCCUCCAGGGCCAAUUCAAGCCCAUCCAGAGGAGGUUCUCCUGUGGGAUCCUGGGCUUGGGGCUGGGGAGGGGGGCGCGAGCCUGGGGACAGACAGAUGGGGUCGUGCCGGGUCCCAGCCCCAUCCCAGGUUCAUCCCUUCACCCUCCUGGUUCCGUCCUGUCCCCAGCAGCCACGCCACCCCCUGCCACCCCCACCCUGCCACCCAAACUGAGAGGCUUGUCCCACUCAACUGCCGAGGAGCCCUUGGUCCAGCCUGGGGUGGGGCGGCAGGGGAGGCCAGGCUCUGUGGGUAAAGACCUCCACUCCGCAAGGCGUUCUAGGACUCUCUCCUGUGUCCAUCUCAGCGCUGACGGUCUUCCCUGUGACCUCCCACACCACUCCAAGAAAAGCCAGUUCCCCACAUUCCCUACCCUGCACCUCUCUCUCUCUCUCUCUCCCCCUAGGUCCCCCGGGGGGGCCUUGAGCUCCCCUUCCCCACCCCACCUGUGCCAGGUGUUCUCAGAUUCAGCCCCACCCCUUCUUAUCUCCUGA